UUAGGAAACAGAAUUCCUAGUUUCCUUAAUCACACAGUAUCUAACCUGACGGUCAAGAUUUACACGAUAUACUUAGAGAAACACCUCUAUAAAUAUCGCAAUAUUUGGAGAGCAGGGAUGCAAAAACUGAACCAGCGUUCGGUGCCGCAAAACAGAGAGACCAGGGCGGAGGAAGGUGCAAAGAAGUAAACAACACUUCAAUCGACAAAGGAUAUUUUUCUGAACUAAUAAUGGAAGAAGCAACAAGUAGCAACAGUUCUGACAUGGAAACAAAGAUGGAGCAGCCUCAAGUUGUAUACCGCUGUAAAAAAUGCCGGAGAAUGGUUGCUGCACUUGAGAAUGUGGUUUCGCACGAACCAGGAGCAGGGGAACAAUGUUUUAAGUGGAAGAAGAGAAGUGGGGAGACUGAACCGCCUAGAUGCUCUUCCAUAUUUGUUGAGCCCUUGAAGUGGAUGUUGGACAAAGUGUAUGAAGGCAACAUUGGAGAAAAGCUUUUGUGCGUAGGUUGCAAUGCUCGAUUGGGUUCUUUCAACUGGGCAGGCAUGCAAUGUAGUUGUGGUAAAUGGGUCAAUCCUGCGUUUCAGCUGCAUAAGAACCGAAUAGAUGAAUGCCCUUUAUGAAUUAAGAUUUGUCAGAUCAGUGUAACAGACGCAAGUUAAUGAAAUCGUCAUGAAUAUGGAUUGAGACGCGGCUAUUUCUUAGGAGUUACUAACAUAGGCUUAGAAUAAUUCUUUGUACUGCAGUUGUGCUCCUCUAGUGAGAACUAAAUUAUAAUUGUGAAUCUGUGGUUCUAAAUCUAGUCUAUGGUUUGCCAUAAUGACAGGUAGUCUCUCUUAGCUUUACUUGGUCUUGGAAUGGAUAGUUUUUAAUUGUUUCCUGAUGUAACUGUCCGGUUGCAGGAUCUUCUAAUAAAGCUUGUUUUAUUCUCAAUC